GUUCCGGAUUCUCACUGAAGCUCGUAGGAAUGAACAUGACCCCAACUAUGGUCGUUUUCUCAAAAUGAUAAGAUGUCGAUGACGUCUGGGAAAGUCAAUUAGAAACCCGGCAAGUUUGCUGUUAUCACAAGAGAUUGAGGAUUAUCCACAUCUUUCCAUUCUUUUGCCUCAUCCAUCCCCAGAUGUAAAGUUUGGAUGAUCGUGUCUGAUCGUACACUGUCGAAGAAGCGAGAUCAAUGCGUGCAAUGGGGCAGCGAUGACGAACAGCCUGAAUAUCAAGGUUGAAAAGGAUACCGCCCCGCCCAGCAUCAUGGAUUGUGCGCCGGAUAUUUUAGGGACGUCCGAGAUCCGAUAGGGAAAAUUGACUUGGCAAGGUUAUUCGUCGGUAGUCGAAUGAGAUGUUGGCUUGUCCCCUGAAAAUGCCCUCUCCGCUAGUCAUUAGACUAUCUACCCGCAUUCCAUUGUUCCACUCUCCUUCGUUCUCCCUGAACAUCAGGACCAGGUACCAACCCCACGAUUUAUACGAUGAGCUUUUUUUUCUACGACCGAGAGUCAAUUCGUAUCCCAGCGAUAUCGGUUGGAUAAUAAUCAGACAUAUGAUUUGAUAAUGUUAUUGGCAUUGGAGGAUUAGUUUGAUAAAGAUAAACACUCGGUGGCUAAGUCUAGCAAUGACGCACUAAACUAUCAUGUAAAAUACUUGGUGGCCAGUAAAAAGAUUCUACCCGGUGAGAUAUCGUGAUGUAUUGGCGAUGAGUAUAAAGAGAUCAUGGUUUUCCUUUUGUAAUCAGUACCUCGCCUUUCCACAUCCAGAAGAACAUCCUCCAAUUCAUCAUGUUCUCAUGUUUCUUGUCUGUUACUGCUCUCGCAGCAUUUGCUUCUGCUUUCCCAGUGGUUUAUCAGCGUGAUACAAGUCCAUUUGUCUUCACCAACUCCAAUGGACUUAAUUUCACUCAGAUGAAUGCAAGCCUGCCAAAUAUCACUGUUUUCGCAACUGGUGGUACCAUUGCAGGCUCUAGCAACAGUAACACAGCAACGACUGGAUAUACUGCAGGUGCCGUGGGAAUUCUAACUCUCCUCGACGCAGUUCCAGAAGUCCUCAACGUCUCCAACGUUGCUGGAGUACAAAUCUCGAACGUUGGCAGUGAAGAUGUGACCUCCAGCAUUCUCCUCGACCUCUCAAAGCAAAUCAACGAGGUAAUUUGCAAAGAUGAUACCAUGAGUGGUGCAGUCAUUACCCACGGUACAGAUACAUUAGAAGAGACCGCCUUCUUCAUGGAUGCUACUGUCAACUGCGGCAAACCAGUUGUCAUCGUCGGAUCCAUGCGUCCCUCCACCGCCAUUUCAGCAGAUGGACCUUUCAAUCUUCUCGAAGCCAUUACGGUGGGUGUUAGUCCCAAGGCAGUUGGUCGCGGAGCUUUGGUCGUUCUGAAUGAUCGUAUUGUUUCCGCAUAUUAUGUUACCAAGACAAAUGCCAAUACUAUGGACACAUUCAAGGCCAUCGAGAUGGGCAACUUGGGUACUCUCAUCUCAAAUACUCCUUAUUUCUUCUACCCACCAGUUGAACCUACUGGAAAGAUUGCAUACGAUAUCUCAAAUGUAACCGAGAUUCCUCGAGUGGAUAUCUUGUUCGCAAAUCAAGAUAUGCAUAACGAUACCCUCUACAAUGCUGUUUCUAGCGGUGCCAAGGGCAUAGUUAUUGCCGGUGCCGGUGCAGGAGGUGUGAGCACAUCCUUCAACUACGCCAUGGAAGAUGUAAUAAACAGAUUAAAUAUCCCCAUCGUCCAAAGUACUCGUGCUCCAAAUGGAGAAGUUCCUCUUUCUGAUGUCAGCAGUGAGACAGCCUUGCAUAUCGCAUCCGGAUACUUGAACCCUCAGAAGUCGAAGGUUUUGCUCGGCAUCUUGUUGGCAUUGGAGAAAAACGCUACUGAGAUCAGUGAGGCUUUCGCAGGAAGUGCUGUUGCUUGAUUUCUUUAUUUAGAUAAAAACGAU